GAGCGCCUGAGGUCGUCUGGAGCUCACUGGGCACCAUGGGUGUCUCACAUUCGUCCAGGGAGGAGUGGGAGCGCGAAAGCAGGACCGACUUAUGGUGGGCGCACAUCCAGGAGGCGUUCAUGAAGAAGUGCGACUUCAGCUGGGACCAGAUCAAGCAGUUGCACCAGAGGUUCCGGCUGCUGAGCGGGGACCAGCCCACCCUCCGACCCGAGAACUUCGACAACGUCCUGGACCUGGAGUUCAACCCGAUCCGCUCCAGGAUCGUCCGUGCCUUCUUCGACAACCGGAACCUGGGCAAAGGGACCAGCGGGCUGGCGGAGGAGAUCACCUUCCAGGACUUCCUAACCAUCAUCUCCUACUUCCGGCCGCUGGAGCCCCGGCCUAAUAAAGAGGAGGCAGAGCAGUACCGCAAAGAGAAGAUGCAGUUCCUCUUCAACAUGUAUGACCAGGACGGCGAUGGGAUCAUCACCCUGCAGGAGUACCGCCGGGUUGUGGAGGACCUGCUGUCGGCGAACCCGCAGACGGAGACAGCCACUGUGCGCUCCGUCGCCAACUCCAUCGCGCGGGUCGCCUUGAUGGAGGCGUCCAGGGCAUCCGACCAGCCUCUGAAUGGGGACGAGCCAUACGAGGGCAUCACCUUCGAGGACUUCUUCAAGACCUGGCAGAGCCUCGAAUUGGAAGUCAAGAUGCAAGUCAGCUUCCUGAACCUACAAGCCAUGGCCUUCUGCCAGUGACCCGCUGGCUGCGGCACCCCCAAUGGAGAAGCUGCCCCUUGCACCCGGCUGACUCCAGCAGCAGCUACAGGGUACGUGGGACUUGAUGGCCUUUACCUCUGAGAAUAAAGAUGAUCAAAAGAGAAGAACGGGGCGUGACGGUGCUUGCCUUGAAUCCCAGCAGUCGGGAGGCAGAGGCAGGCCGAUCUCUGUGAGUUGGAGCCAGCCUGGUCUACUGAGUGAGUUCCUGGCAGGCCAGGGCUAACAUAGUGAGACUCGAUGUCAAAAAUUAAAAUGAAUAAACUAUAAAAGAACAAAUGGCCAGUAAA